AUGGCGACAGCCAAUAGUACAGUACAAUGUUCGGUUUGUAAUAAAGAAAAUACGACAUAUCUUUGUCGAGGAUGUUCAAAAGAUUAUUGCUUUCACCAUUUAAAAGAACAUCGGCAAAACUUACAUAAAGAGUUAGAUGGAAUUAUUAGUGAUCACCAACAAUUUCAACAAAAAAUUAACCAACAAAAACAAAAUCCACACAAUUCUUCUUUAAUCAAAGAAAUUAAUCAAUGGGAAACAAAUGCAAUUGAGAAAAUUCUACAAACAGCACAACAAUGUCGAGAAACAGUGAUAAAAUUGACACAAAAGCCGAGCAAUGGUAUUGAAAAAGAGUUUAUUGAAUUAUUUAAGAAGUUAAAAGAAAUUCGUCGAGAAAAUGAAUUUAAUGAAAUUGAUUUAAAACAUUUACAAUUAAAAUUAACACAAAUUACCGAAGAAUUUCUUCUUCCGACAAAUAUUUCCAUUCAACAAGGUUCACAAGAAUUUAUUAACAAAAUCUCAGUGAUUUCAUCAUUAGAACCAGUAGUGAAAACAAAACUCAACAAUUGGAAACAACACGGAAUUAUUAGUGGAGGAGGAAAUGGACAAGGAAACCAAACAAAUCAACUCUUUUGUCCUGAAGGAAUCGUUAUUGAUCAUCAGAACAAUAUUUUCAUUGCUGAUUUCGGGAAUAACCGUAUUGUUGAAUGGAAAUCUCAUUCGAAUAAUGGACAAAUCAUUGCUGGUGGAAACAGAAAUGAUCAAUUAAGAGGUCCGAGAGAUGUAAUUGUUGAUAUAACAACUAAUUCUUUGAUUAUUUCUGAUUCGCUAAACAGACGAAUAAUCCGAUGGUCUAGACAAAAUCAAAUAAAACAACAAAUUCUUAUUUCUGAUAUCGUUUGUUUUGGUCUGGCAAUAGAUAAAAAAAAUAGAUUUAUUUAUGUUUCUGACUGGGAGAAACAUGAAGUAAGACGAUGGAAAGAAGGAGAUGAAAGAGGAACAAUUGUUGCAGGUGGACAUGGAAAAGGUGAUCGUUUCAAUCAACUCGAUCAUCCUACUUUUAUCUUUGUCGAUAAAGAUGAUUCUCUUUAUGUAUCAGAUUGUGAAAAUCAUCGUGUAAUGAAAUGGAAAAAAAAUGCCAAAGAAGGAAUUGUUGUUGCUGGUGGAAAUGGAAAAGGAAGUAGUCUCAAACAAUUGUCUCAACCUGCAGGAUUGAUUGUUGAUGAUUUAGGUCGAAUUUAUGUGGUAGAUAAUGGAAAUGAUCGAGUGAUGUGUUGGUGUGAAGGAGAUACAGAAGGUGAAAUUGUUGUUGGUGGCCAUGGGAAAGGAGAAAAAUCGAAUCAAUUGAAUUAUCCUACUGGUUUAACAUUUGAUGAUGAAAAGAAUUUUUAUGUUGUUGAUUGGGGGAACGAUCGAAUAUUAAAAUAUGAGAAAUAUUCUGAUUAA